GCUUGUGCCUGGCAGCGCCUGUCAUUUCAGCGCUGAAGGACCUGAACCCAGAUUCGGUGGACUGGAGCAAGGUGAAUGUCUUCUUCACGGGGGAGCAUUUGGGCGCAAACAAGGCAUACACGGAAGCCCUGGACACAUUCUGCCGAAAGUGCUCGGUGCAGGGUGUCUUCUACCCAAUCUUGCGGCCGCUCUUCAGCACAGGGAGUGGGCUUCCAGCCUUUGCUGUGAAGGAGGCUGCCGCCGCCUACCAGACACUGCUCCAGAACCACCCGUCUGUUGACAACUCGGGGCCCUUACCCUCCUUCGACCUCUUGCUGUUGGAUAUUGGGGAUGAUGGCCUCUGUGGCUCCUUGCGCCCUGAAAGUGACGAGAUCAGAGCCGUCGGGAAUGGUUCAGUGGUCUUCGGCAUCUGCCAGCCAGGCAAGAAUCAGAUCGCCAUCUCAAUGGAUGUGAUGUCUGCUGCCAAGAAGGCAAUCUUCGCUGUGACUGGGGAAAAGAAGAAAGAUGCUGUUCGCCGAGCCCUGACGAGGUUGCAUGGGCCCUUCGAUUGCCCCGCCGGCUUACUCAAGGCGAAGUCAACAAGCUGGUUUGUCGACAAGGUUGCCUUCGAUGAGAGUGACAGGACAUUCAAUGUACUUGCCGGUCUGCCACGCCUUCUACCUUUUGCGCGGUUGCAGGAGCUUAAGGAGACAGCCGCCAAACUUUGCGCGCCAGGCAAGGGUUUCCUGGCUGCGGAUGAGAGCGCUGGACCUUGGCUACGUGCGGGUCAUGCUGAGGCAGCGAAGAUCCCUGAUGUGAUUGAGAAUAGAGCUGCUUACCGCGCGAUGUGCUUCUCAACGCCGGGCCUUAGCGAGCACAUCAGCGGGGUCAUCUUGCACUGGGAGACUUUGUUACAGGAGGAUGCAAAAGGCAAGCCCAUGGUGGAUAUUAUCACUGAGAAUGGCAUGAUUCCCGGCAUCAAAGUGGACAAAGGCUACAACAAGAAGGGCAUUUGGGGCACCAAGGUUGGCCCACUCGGGCAUCCGGAGGUUGCCACCGUGGGUUUAGAUGACCUGCAGCAGAAGUGUGCGCACGCCUACAAGGAGGGAGCUCGCUUCGCUAAGUGGCGAAAUGUGCUACAGUUGGACCCUGCCAAGGGUUUACCGAGUGACCUGGCCAUCAAGGACACAGUGCACACCCUGGCACGCUAUGCUUCCAUUUGCCAAAGCGAAGGCCUCGUACCCAUAGUGGAACCAGAAAUUGUUCCGAAUGGAGAUCACGACAUCAACUAUUGCCAAAAGAUCACCGAGAAAGUAUUGAAGGCGCAGUUCAAGGCCUUGGCCGAUCACCACGUAUUUAUGGAGGGUGCUGUCCUGAAGCCCAACAUGGUGAAGAACGGCUUGGGAGGACCCAAAGCCAGUGCAGAGACCAUUGCAACGCUGACUUGCCAAACCCUGCUGCGCACAGUUCCUCCCUCGAUGCCGGGCAUUUUCUUCUUGUCGGGCGAGACAGCGCUGAAUGAAGAUAAUGAGGAAGAGGCCACCGUAAACCUGAGCACCAUGAAUAGCCUCUUUGCCGGAAAGCUGCCGUGGCAUUUGUCUUUCUCCUACGGCAAAGCCUUGCAGAAAACCUGUAUCGUCACUUGGCUGGGAAAGGCCGAGAACGAUGCAGCUGCGCAGAAGGCCUUGAAGGCGCGAGCCAAAGCAAACUCCGAAGCGGUCUUCGGGAAGUACAAGAAGGGCAGCUGUGCCAGUGUUGGCACGGAUGGCAACGUGAUGCAGGCGGCAGGACCCUACUGA